CGCUCGGCCUUUCCGCGUCCAGGCGGGCGGGCGUCGGCUGCGUGCGGCCCGCGCGCGGUGAAGGCUCGCGGCCAACCGCCCCGUUGCCCGCCGCGGCCGGCCGGCGCACGCCGCAGUCGGAGACGAUGGUGGGCCGCAGCAGCGCCAUCGCCGCGGGCGUGUGCGGGGCCCUCUUCAUCGGCUACUGCAUCUACUUCGACCGCAAGAGGCGGAGCGACCCCAACUUCAAGAACAGGCUUCGCGAGCGAAGAAAGAAACAGAAGCUUGCGAAGGAGAGAGCUGGGCUUUCCAAGUUACCUGAUCUUAAAGACGCUGAAGCUGUUCAGAAAUUCUUCCUUGAGGAAAUACAGCUUGGUGAAGAAUUACUAGCUCAAGGGGAAUACGAGAAGGGUGUGGACCAUCUGACCAACGCCAUCGCCGUGUGCGGGCAGCCACAGCAGCUGCUGCAGGUGUUACAGCAGACUCUGCCGCCUCCCGUGUUCCAGAUGCUUCUGACCAAGCUUCCCACCAUUAGUCAGAGAAUUGUAAGUGCUCAGAGCUUGGCCGAAGAUGAUGUGGAAUGAGAAAUAACAGCAUAAUAAAGUAUCAGUUAAAAU